AUUAAUUUCAGAAGUAUGCCUUGAUGACUCGGGCAACUUUCAUUUUUGGGAAUACAAUUUUAGAUACUAGAAUAUUAAUUUAUCUGCUCUUGUUUCUGCCUAAGAACUACUAGUUAUGGAUGAUUCAUCUCAUGAAUUAUUUCCCACUGGGUUACCAGUGACACUAUUCCCCACAAUGUGGCCGCCAGCUACUCCGUUAGAAUCAACGGAGUCAAGUACAUCAGUAUUCACGGAGGAUCCCGUGAAAUGCAACCAAUAUGUUGUCAAGAACAAAACUCACAUUAUCUAUGGUGGCUAUGAAGGAAUUCCUGAGAACUUGCUCAUCAAUUUUAUUGGGUGGAUUUGCCUGCUUUCUCUGUUCACUAUACUGAGGAAAAAAGCUUGGAACUAUGGCCGAUUGGCAAUUGUCCAGAAGUAUGAUAACAGAAAGAAGGGGCCACUACUAGGUUACAGUGAAUACAAUGUGUGGACACAGCUUUUCUAUGGUGCAGAUACAGAAGGCAACCAGCCACCUUCAGGCAGUGAGAGCGACUCCUACACCUCUUAUGAUUUUAACCUGCGUCUUGACCAGGGGGUCUUAUCAUGGAUACCAGCGCUCUUCAAGAUCAAAGACGAGCACAUUCUGCGCAAGUCAGGCUGUGAUGCGGUGCACUACCUGAGUUUCCAGAGACACAUGAUUGUGUACGUGGCUGUGGUGUGCGUCAUCUGCAUCUCUGUUGUGCUGCCCAUCAACUUCCAAGGCACGCUAGAGGGUGCUGAAAAGGAUUUCGGACACACCACCAUCUCCAACCUCAGCCCUACCUCACCGUUCAUGUGGGUGCACAUCACCCUGGCGUUCCUGUUCCUGCCGCUGGGCAUCGCGUUCACUCGCCACCACUCACGCCUACUGAACAUCAAUGAGACCACAGACCUGGACCCCAACGCCCCCCCGGCCGAGGAUGAGGGCGCUAACUCGUCGGUCUCUCGCACCGUCAUGAUCACGCACGUUCCGCGCCGCUCCUGCCAUAAAGACACGCUUCUUAGGCACUUCCAGGAGGCCUACCCAGAUGUUGAGGUCGUGGAUGUGCAAUUUGCUUACGGGAUAAAAGAACUUAUCCUCUACGAUAGCCAGAGAGAGCUGGCGCACCAAGCUAAGCUGUACUGCGAGGGCUACGAACAAGACACCGGAGAGCGUCUACUCAUGCGGCCAUACAAAUGUGGUGUUGUAUGUGGCUGCUGUGAUAUGUUCGGCUGUCCUAAGGUGGAUGCGCUGGAGUAUUACUCGCAGCUGGAGACCUGCCUCGAGGCCAGGGUGGAGACGGAGAAAGUUAAAGCUCUGCAGCGUCCUACGGGAGUCGCUUUCGUAACGCUCGACUCCAGAGAAAGUGCGAUGAAAGUUAUGAAGGAUCACAAGUCCGUGCCUUGCAGAUGUAUGGGAGAACCGGCAGGGUCGUCCGUAUCUGCGGACCUGAAGCCCCACAACUGGAUUGUUCGCGCUGCUCCUUCGCCGUCGAAUAUUUAUUGGAAGAAUUUGUCGGUAACAACGCGGCAUUGGUGGGCCAAGGCUUUCAUCAUCAACGCUAUUCUCUUCGUUGUGCUGUUCUUCUUAACUACACCCGCUGUCAUCAUCAACUCUCUAGACUUUGUCUUCCUUACAGACAAGCUCGAGCAGAUGAGUCCGGUUCUGUCAGAGUUCUUCCCGACUCUGCUGCUGUGGACGAUGGCGGCUCUGAUGCCAGUUCUGGUCGCGUACUCUGACCAGUUCAUGUCGCACUGGACGCGGUCUGCUGAGAACCACGCCGUCAUGAGGAAAACUUUCUGCUUCCUGCUCUUCAUGGUCAUCAUCCUGCCCUCUCUCGGCCUCACCAGUGCGAAAGCAUUAGUAGAAUGGAUUGCAGACCCGACGACUAACUCAACGUACCGCUGGGAGUGCGUCUUCUUGCCCGACAACGGCGCGUUCUUCGUGAACUACAUCAUCACGUCUGCCUUCAUCGGCACGUCUCUUGAGCUCAUACGCUUCCCUGAACUCUUCAUGUACAUCAUCAGGCUUGCCCUCGCCAGAUCAGAAGCGGAGACAGCGAGUGUACGGCGCGCGAUCCUCUACGAGUUUCAGUUCGGUGUUCAGUACGCGUGGAUGCUGCUCAUCUUCGCCAUGACCAUCAUAUACUCCAUCUCCUGCCCUCUCGUCACGCCUUUUGGCUUGCUGUACAUGAUCUUCAAGCAUUUUGUUGACAAAUACAACAUCUACUUCGCGUACGGGCCAUCGCGUAUCAGUAAAAACAUUCACGCGACCGCCGUCAACUUCGUGAUGGUGUCGAUCGUGUUGCUGCAGCUGUGCUUGCUGUUCUUUUCGGUGGUGCGCCAAGGCAUCAAUAAACCACGCAGCAUCUACAGCCUCGUGCUGCUCUGCAUCACACUGCUUAUCGUCAUCACGCAUCUAGGGUUCCAUUGGUUCAAGGAUCUCAGCCCCAUCGACUAUAAGACCUCCGAGUGCGAUGGUCGUACCGAUGGCGACGAGGCAACACCCGGCGACAGCGCCACUACCGCCGCGUCAGGAGACUCUCCCGGGCCUGCAUCAUCGCCUAGACCGAGACCAGAGUCAGGGAUCUUCGUGCCUGAUGUCCUCAAAAUAUCCAACAGCAGCGCCAGUAACGGAGCGGCUACCGCAGCGUCAGGGUGCGAAGAAGACCGCUUCUUCUUUGGCGCUCGCACCUACGGCACCGGCGGAGAAACUGACUUCGAACCUGCGUCUGGAGACGCUGGACUUACUGUUAACAGGAACGAGGUGCUCUCGUCGUCAGAUCAGCCAACACACGUCCCUUCGUCUGAAUCCAGCAAUGAUCCCGUAAUUCAUUCAUCCUCGACCUGUGAGCCACACCACAGGCAUCAGCCACCAAGUGUUAAUUGCAUGAACCAACGGGAACCAAAAUCACGGGACGCUAAGAAAAUUUCUUCUCAGCCAGAGUCAAAAUCAACCAAUGAACAAAAUUAUCGUGGCAUUAAAACCACCCCUAUUUCUUCUGAAACAAAUACCGGUGGCGAAGAUGUAGGACCGUUGCCUAGUCUUCCUAAGCCUCCCGGCAAUCCUCGUGCUUCGAUGAAAACCGCGCUGCUUGGUAAAGGUCAAAGCAUCUUAGACGUAUUUGCUGAAGAUGCAAGUGAUGAACCUAUGAGACGAAAAGUAAUUUUAACUGAACAGGGCGAUCUUCCCGUGUAGCUUACGUUAUGUGUGACUCCUAAAGCUAAUCAAAUUUAAAUAAUCGUUUAUGUACUCUCACGGAGCUAGAAAUAUAUAGUGGAUAAAGUGAAAUAAAUGCGUGUGCUCGAACGAAAUGCUCGCUUUAGAAAAUUUAUAGUCUCAGUUUGAAACUGAUGCGUGGAGUAACAUUUUAAUCUAAAACAGCUUUAUUCAAAAGAGUUAAUUCUACAAUUUCCUCUUCCAUGCCCUAGAGUUUAGGAACUCAACUCGAUUUGCAACAUGAACUGUGUGUGCGCGCUAUAGUAUAUCCAUGUUCUUUGACGCUUACCGUAGGUCAUAAAGUGCAGCUAACAAUUCUUGCCAUUCUGUUAACUGUAGCUUUUGAAUCUUGCAUUUAACUUCAUGGCUGUAUCGUUCUUUAUAGAGAGAGUGCUGUGGCCUGAUCUGCCUUUUUCUCGUAGAAUCAAAAAGUUUGUCUUCACGAUCUUUGUUAGAUUCGAAUUAUUUUAACUUAUAUUCACUAUAAAGACGCUCACGAAAGUUAUUAUUAAUCUGACCUCUUGGAACGAAGAUUUUAACUACGCUUAUCAAAUAAAUUGACGACUUUGCUGCGAACUUCUAUUCUAUAAAAAUUUGAUACACGGAACAUAUUCCAGAGAGAUAGAAUUUUCCAGCGAACCUUGAGAAACGUUCUUCAAGUGCCUGGUUGCCUCGUAUUUUAUGGCUCACAGUGCUGCGUUCUAUGCUCUCCCAUCCAUGAUGAUCUGAUGAUUCUAACAUAAGACUUCUUUUCGGGUGUUUUUCUUGAGAAGUCAGCCUUAUUCGUCUUGUCAUAAUUAAUAAGCAUCCGGUUUUUAUUAGACUGUCCGGAGGGAAAUCCUACUCUAGCGCAUCAUGAUGUGGCCUAAUGCCAUCAUCAAAAUUAAAUAAAAAAAGUGACCAAAUAUUUACUUAAAGAUAAGAACUUACUUGGCCGAGUUAACAAUGGAAUUCAUGUUUAUGUAGUUAGUACUACGCGACUGAAAAUUAUAUAUAUUGGACUUAAUUAUGUAUAUUUAAAUCCUACUCGUUGUGUCCCAAUACAUGCAAAGAUUGUUUCUUUUCACCAAAUUCAAAUUUGUAAAAAUUACUUUCGAAUGUCAUAAUGAACCCCUGAACUUUUUCCGUCAUAUUAUGAAGAAAAUCGCUCGUUAUUAUCAUCAGCAUACAGUAGUUAACGUCACUUAAGGACUUUAUUUCUGAACUAGCCUCUUGCAGUGGAAUUUUGUUCAAUUUGUCACUGCGUGAAGGAAGAAUGCCCUGCGUGUUGAGCUGAUUACGGGUUUAUUUAGGUAGUACCUUGAUUGAUAUUUGUUUCAAUAACUUGUUCCUUUGUAUCUGUCGAGGUUGAUCAAUUUAGCAAUGAUUCUUCUACAUGAUUAACACAAAGGUAAUUCCUGAUUCUUGAUUUUGCCUAUUUAGCGUGAAAAUAAUUCGUUAACUGCUCAAAUAUUCAUCAUCAUAAAUGUCAGUUUAUGAUGUGUCCCUUUCCCUUUACACCUUCCAUUUGAAUGUACAAAUUAAAAUAUGAGCGCACAUCGUUUCAAACCUGAAAUCAUUCUUAACAAGAGACUGUAUCAAUAAUUUCUCAUGACAACGAUACCUUAUAAGCGGCAUAAAUACUUGCACUAUCGUACCUAAUUUUUUUUAACGUUGGAUCACAUGGGAACUCCUUCAGGAAAGAUGUCUUAUAGCUUACAAAUAACAAGUUGAUUGAGUGUGUGUUCUCUUUUUUGCAAUGCUUUAGUACCAAAUAUAUAUAUAUAUAUAAGCUUAUCUUGCCCAGUUAGCCUGCAAAAGAUAGUGUAUGAAACGACUACUUCCGGCUUUUCUGGAGGAACUCGGUUUAAUCAACAAUUUAAUAUAUUUAUUAAUGCAUAUGUUGUUUGGUCUUGAGUGUUACGCUAUGUUAAUAAUAGGUUUAAGCAUAUUCAAGUGCGAGCAAAAAUAUGGAGAUGAAUGGAUUUGGCCACGUCUGCGCGUUGUUGGAAUACCGUUCAUAACACAAUUACUUCCAGAGCUUCUGUACAAUGCUAUGUUGAAUGACACUAUAUUUUAUGUUAAAAGGCGCUCUUAGUUGCACUUUAUCUUUCUGCAUUUGCUUCCGCUCUCCCGUUCAAUGUUCCUUACUUGCAGAACUAGUAUAGCGCUUGUAGUCAACAUUUUCAUAAGUAGUAUUGCGUUAAAAAUUUAGGAUUAACUGGCGUUUUGUGACGAAUAUGUAUUUUUCAGAGUGACCUUAUUUUCCCGAUUUGCAACAGUAGAUUGUAUGUGCUUCUUUUAUAUUCGACAAACCUGAUCAUUCCGCGUCUGUUUCGUGAAUUAACGUUAACAUGGACGUCAACAAUUUGAAACUCGCUCUCUAUAGCUCUGAUUAAUUAACUACCAUGUAACCUUUCUUUUCUAACCUCGUUCAGGCUGUAAGAAAUCCGCGUUAUUCCUCUCGAAGAUACACUUGCCACGCAUAAUCGUAAAUACAUCAACGCUACGCAA